CCUAAUUUGUAUAACUGCAUCAAGCGUCAGCAAUUGUAUUGUUGUUAAAAAAAUCGAACUAACUUCUUGGAUUUGUGAUGUCUUUAACUGUGCGAUAAUAAUAAUAGUGAAAAAUCAAUAUAGCCAGUGUCGCUACCACAAAAUGUAAAUCUGUAGUUUCCUUGUCGACUUGAGGCAAACCGAAUUGGAUAAACAAAGCAAACUCCGAGGGCACGUCAUCGGUGACGGUUCGUUGUUUGUUCCCCGAUUGAUUGAUAAGCAAAACAAAGCGAAAGCGGCUUGAAGAACUGAAGAACCGCACCCUCAACAAAGACGAAUCUGUGGCACCAUGCCGAUACUUUAUAGUGUAAUAUCGCGGGGCACCACCGUGCUGGCCAAGUACGCGGACUGCGUCGGCAACUUCGCCGAAGUGACGGAGCACAUCAUCGGCCGGAUCGGGGUGCACAACCACAAGAUGACCUACACACACGGCGACUACCUGAUCCACUACACCUGCGAGAACAAGCUGGUCUACAUGUGCAUCACCGACAACGAGUUCGAGCGUUCCCGGGCCUUCCUAUUCUUGGCGGACGUCAAGCAGAAGUUCAUCCAGACUUACGGCCUGCAGGUGGCCACCGCCAUCGCCUACUCCAUGAACACCGAGUUCUCCAAGAUCCUGGCCGACCAGAUGAACUACUUUAGUCAGUCCCGGGAGGUGGACACCAUUUCGCGAGUUCAUGGGCAGAUAGACGAGCUAAAAGACAUCAUGGUUAAGAAUAUUGACAGUCUGCGAGAUCGCGGCGAGAAACUGGAGCUGCUGGUCAACAAGACCGAAAACUUGAGCAAUAAUUCCGUUGCAUUCCGCAAGGCCUCGCGGAACUUGGCGCGACAAAUGUUCUGGAAGAACAUCCGCAUCUACGUGGUGGUGGGCCUGGUGAUAACCUUUGUUGUCUACGUAAUCGUGAGCAUGGCCUGUGGUGGCCUCGCCUGGCAGUCCUGUGUUUAGGAUGCGCUUUAAAGUUGUUUAUAUUGUUAUAGGCUCAUAACACAUGUAUAUUUGCAUAUAAAACUUUACGGUACCCUCAUUAUCUAUGUUCUAUGUAAUAAACUUGAAUGUAUGCGGAA